UAAAUGAUAAGAUUAAUUCAACGUGAUGUCAUCCUAAUUGUAGAAAAAUAAAAAGUGCCUUUUUUUAUUCCAUUGAUUCGGAAAAUACGUGUUGUCAGGUGAUGAUCAGACAGCCAGGAACAUCUACUGCCUCCUGGUGUAAACUCUGUUCCACGACAGGGGGUUGUACCUCCCCUCAUGUUUAACCAAUCCUGCGUUCACAUUUACCGCCUCACAACCAAUCAGCAAAUCCCAGACCAGAUCCGGACGUGGUGGAAGCAACGUGAACCAAAAAAAAAAACAUAGAACCACAACGCUUCAACGUUUCAUUACGAGAGGUUGACUGACUUGUUGACUUGGUCACUUGCAAACACUAAAAUCGUACUCCAAAAUCAAUGUAAAAAUCUGACAAUUUAAUUAUCAAUUAUCUAAUACAAAAAAUCAAUAUUAACCCAGUCCCUCCUUCUUUCGAAAUUUUCAACAAUUAAAAAUAAGUGAUUUACAGUGCAGCAUUCUUUCAUCCCUCUGGAUUCGGAAUUUUGUUUUUCUCCUCUUUGGAUAUUUCUAUUUUUCCAGGGAGGAAUUUUUAUUAAUAAAGUGAUUGUGUGGGUGUAAAGUGCAGUGAUUCGAUCGAAAACAAGUAAAUUAAUUUAAAAAGCUGAACAAAAUUUGUUAUUUAUUUAAAAUUAGAGAAUUAGAGAAUUAUUAAAUUUAGAGAAUUUAAAAACGUUUCAUUGGCGAAAAAAAGUAAAUUAUAAAAAUCGAUCGUAAAUUGUCAAUUGACAUUGAACGUUUCCGGUAAAAAUAGUGAUGAAGAAAAAAAAUUAUGAAUGAAAUAUGUGUUAUUAAAAGUGUUUGAAUGGAACUAAAUGACAGCAACCGAUUAUGCGGUUGUAUUUUUCGAAUCAAAACAUAGAGAGAGAAGGAGAGAGAAGUUUCUUUUUCUUUAAAAUCAAGUAAUGCAAAGUGAUCAUACCUGGUUGAACCAAGGCGUUGAAGAAUUGGGUUGAUCCAAUUAUGUCUGACUGUUCAGAGCAAUUAUCAUCGCCAAAUAGUGACUGUAAUAGUCAAAUGGGAAUGGUACAUCGCAGCCUGUGCUCGAUUGGUCCCUACAGUAAUUCUGCGAUGACACAUCAUUCACAUUCGCAAAAUUUGAAUCCCUCCUCGAAUGGUAGUCCGCGAUAUCCACAGGAACUUUGUAACGCCGUCAGUCUGACAACAAAUUUAGCCAAUUCCGGUUCCAUCGCUCUCGGUGGCAAUAGCAACGGUUCCAGUUUCUCCGAGGAACAAAUUAUUUGCCUCUGCAAAAGUAUGGUCCAAAAGAAGGACAUGGCGAAUCUCGAAAGGUUUCUGUACACACUGCAACCAUAUCAAUUAGCUCGUGGCGAGAGUGUAUUAAUGGCAAAAGCUUAUGUCGCAUUUCACAAUCAUGCGUUCACUGAUGUUUACAAUAUUCUCGAGAGGAAUAAAUUUUCUCCCGAAUACCACCCGGAGCUUCAGCAAAUGUGGUACAAAGCCCACUACCUGGAAGCGGAAAAAGUUCGAGCGAGAAAAUUAGGAGCAGUUGACAAAUACAGAUUGAGAAAAAAGCAUCCCUUACCGCAUACCAUUUGGGAUGGCGAGGAAACAGUCUAUUGCUUCAAGGAGCGCUCUAGAAAUGCUCUCAAAGAAUGUUAUCAGAAAAAUAGAUAUCCAACACCCGACGAAAAGAAGACACUAUCGAAGAAAACAGGACUCACAUUAACUCAGGUGUCCAACUGGUUUAAAAAUCGACGACAACGUGAUCGUACGCCACAAACAAGAUCAGACAUGCUGUUGAAUUGCCAGAAUGCGAACAAUGGGAAUAUGAAUGGUUCGGUUAGCAGUAGUACCGGUCAUCAAUCGUUGCCGAAUUUGGACUCGGUCGGCACAAAUUUGGCCAUUUCACCAAUCUCGGCCAUGGGAAUGUCUCCAGUUGGCAUGAAUUCUUGUAGUCCGAUAGUAAUGAGUCCCAUGGGUUCCCAUCAUCACGGCUACGCAACUCCUGUGACUCCGUCCCCAGUGCACUCGAGUCAUCACCAUAAUGGAGGCCUGAGUCCCAUAAAUGAUGUGAAAACUCAUUUUUACGGUCGUUACGACGGUGGAAAAGAUAUUGAUCAAAGUUCUGUUUACUAUUCGAGCCAUUCGAGUAUGAGCCAUCAUCAAUAUUAUCAGCAGACGCAUCAUCAAAUGAUGGCAACUUCCCAUCAUCAUUAUCAACAAGGAAUACGAGAUUCAUCGUCAGGAUAUGAUCUUAUUUUACCUCCACCUCAGCACACCAUGUGACCCGCGGAGUAUGAAGAAAAUCGCGGUGAUCAUCUCGAUGAUGUUUUUCAUGGUCAAUCUUGCGACGAAGUCCUUACAAGAGUUCAUGCCUUCGCCUGAUCACCAUCAUCAUUAUUUGAUAUCACUGCAAUAAUUAAAAAUCAUUUUAUAAUUUAUUUAACAAUCACCUCGAUUUUAGAGAAUUCAAUUAUUUCUAUAUUUCUUUUCUCUUUUUUCAAUUCCAUUUAAUUGAUGAAUUGUAAAUUAUAAUUUAUAAAUAAUUGAUAAUUCAAUUCUUGUAAAGAAGUUAGAUAAGUUCUUCUAAAUAUUGGAAAAGAAAAAGAAGAGAAAAGAAAGGAAAAGAAAAUUUCUUUUCUGAAAUUAAAAAUUAAACCAAAGUUCUAUAAAGCUCAGCUUGUUUCCUAUAUAGCUCUUUUUUAAACUCGAACGUUAAUGUAAAUUUUUAUUAAUUAAUAAUUAAUUAAUAUGUAUAUAUAGUAAGGCAAACAAAUAAUUCUAAUUCUAAAUUUUAGAAAAUUAUUUUUGUAAUAUUUAUCAAAAAAGUCUUUAGAAAUUUAACAGAAGGUAAUUAUUUCUUUUAAAAGGACUUUUUUUUGCUUUCUUAGAGGGGGAUUUGAUUUGUGAUUUAUCCAAUAGAAAGACAGUUCUUUUAUUAUAAAGAAGUUUUGGGAGGAGUUAGAAACUGGUUUUUUACGGGGAACCCUUCUUUAAGAAUUGUUCCUCGUCAUAAAUGGCGGUUUACGAAAAAAGAACAUUUUUUUCUGAUCUUAAUAAGUCUAAAAAGAGUUUCUUAAAAAAAUAUUUGCCUAAAGAAAGUAAAUUUCCUUUUAGUUUAUAAA